CAAUUUUCUGCUAUGGUACGUAGAAACAAAAUAACAGACUUUAAAUUCAGAUUCAUCUUGGUGUUACUGUUUUGUAGUAUUGUAGGAUUGGUAACAUUUACUUGGUUUUUAUACAAGAAGAAACUGGUAGAGAUCGCAUUUGAUGACAAGAUUUGGUUUCACGAGGCUCAGAGACGGCUUAAUCUACAAGACAAAGGCAAAGUGCGUCUUACUGGUUACUUGGGUUUAAAUAUUCCUUCUAAGCUUGGUCCUUACAGCUGCCAACAUGUUAAUCACGUUUCAGACCCCAACAUCUGUGUGGAAUGGAAAUACAGAGCGCGACUGCAAAUCGAGUACUGGCAUGAAGGAAACUUGAGUUGUUAUAACGUUCACUGGAAGGCCCUCUCCCACAACACUCAUUUCCGAGACUGUUUCAAUCUUCGUGGGGCUUUGUGGUACGGAAUGGGCGAGGUUCAGAAUAUAUCGUGGCCAUUGUCUAACUUUUCCUUAAAUAUGCAGCCUUUUGUGACAGGAGACGUCUCCCAUGAUGACUUAGGUUCUGUUCUGGACCGGUACUGGUUGUCAUCAGAAGGAAUUGCUAUCCACGUAGAUCCUGAAAUACCUCUGUAUGUUAGUCUGAAUGAAAGUGGCAAUGAGCAACUAUGCUUUGAAACAAAACACCAAGGAUUUCCUUACCAUGUUUUUGAGGAUGUUUUGCGUGACUUAAAUUAUACUUUAUGUAUUGGUCCAGAUAUGAAGUCUGUUCACCUUGACACUUUGCAUAAGUUUUACAACUUUCCACCCAAUAUUUCUAGUUCAAAGUUUUUGGAAGGUCCAGUAUGGGCUACAGGACCUAAAUUGGGUACUUCAUUGAGUCAAGAAUCGCUACAGGUGUAUGCCAAUCACAUUAUGGAACACGGAUUUGAGGCUGGAAACAUUUUAAUAGAUACUAGAUGGCAGACACAAGAGGGAGAUCUCCAAUUUCGAGAGGAUAAUUUUACAAAUCCCGAGGAAAUACUUAACAUUCUUCACCAUAAGGGUUUCAAGGUGUUGCUAGCAGUGCACCCGUAUGUUUGUUUGGAUUCUGUAGCCUUUAAGCCUGGUACAGAUGGAACAUACUUUAUUUCUGAUGACAAAUGGCAUGUUCCACAACUAAUUCGGUGGCAAGAUUCAGUUUGUGCUAUUAUUGAUGUAACAAGUGAGAGAUCAGCCCAGUGGUUCCUGGAACGUCUACAGGAAGUGAAAUCAAAGUACAAAGUGGAUGGUUUUGUUUUUUUGGGAGGCCAAACUUCAUACUUACCAACAUUCUAUAAUUUUGAAACAAUGCAUGUCAAUCCUGACACUUACCUAACACGUUAUCUUGAGAUUGCUUCUAAAGUUGGUUCAUUCAUGGGAGCAGGAGUAGGAUUUAUCACCCAAAACAUCCCUGCCUUUGUAGCCAUGGCUCCAAGAACAUCUACCUGGGAUGCAGUUCGUGGCCUGCGAUCUAUCUUACCAACAGUUCUCACACUUGAACUGCUUGGCUAUCCGAUUGUCAAUCCAGGUUCAGUUGGAGGAGAUGUCUUAGUUGUAGAAAAUGCUACUUUACCUGAUAAAGAACUUUACCUUCGAUGGUUACAACUUGCUGCAUUCAUGCCAGUUGUACAGUUUUCUGUACCACCAGGGGAUUAUGAUCUUGAUGUUAUCAAAGCUGCCAAGGUGUUAUUUAAAGUCAGAGAAGAACGUGUUUUACCAGUCAUGCAGCGCGGUGUCCAAGAGUACCUUCAAACUGGUGAUCCAAUUCUUAGACCACUUUGGUGGCUUGAGCCCAAAGAAUAUGAUGCUCAAAUUUCUGAUACACAGUUUUCUAUUGGCGAGGAGAUCCUUGUUGCCCCAGUAUUGGAAGAGGGAAAGCGAAACAGAGAUAUUUAUUUACCUAGAGGAUGGUGGCGAGAUGAGGUAUUGGGGCAUAUCCAUCGUGGUGGCAAGUGGCUACACAACUAUUCUGUACCACUAGACAAAGUAGCCUACUUCUCUCGAACUGAGAAGCCAAGCUAAUGUAAUGACCAAUAUACUGUUAUCUUGAGGGGUUUUAGAAUAAAUACAACGUUGGUUAAAGUUAGUUUUUAAGAUAACUCAUGUCUUUCAAAAUUCUGUGAUUUUGAUUGUAAAAAGAAAAAAAAGCCUCAAUACUGCUUUGGCAAGUGCAAAGUGAGUUAAGACGAUUUGAUACCUCUUAGUUCACGAAAGACGCUUUGUAAAGCAUGAAUAGAGGUGUCUUUCCACUGUGUACAUUUGUUGAAUCAUAUACCAAAAUAUACAUGGCUACUGCUCUUUUUUUGUAAUCAAGAGUAUUAUUUAUGGUGAGCGUAUAUACUAUUUUCAUUUAAUGGUUUCGUACUGUGCCAGAUCUAAAAAAAAUAGUUAACAGUGCAUCGUAAUAUUUAUGUUUGAGUAUUUUUUCUAAUAUUACUGAAGCUAGAAACAAGAAAAUAUUUGUAGGUAUGGCAAAAGUUUUAAAGCUAUUUUGUGAAUAAAAUUACAAAUUGUAAAUAUCUUAACGCCAUAUUUUCUGAUUGAAGUAAUGCUUAAAAAUGUGCACUUCUAGCUUCUAACUAAUUAGCAGUGCUAUAAUAUCAAUUUACCCAGCAGUUUUUCAACUUGGCUGCCUUCUCGUUUGUUCCUAUAGCGUCAGGCUGGAAAGUUCCAGGAAAAAAUUAUAUCUAACACUAUUAGUUCUUUUAAAGUUCCCCUGAUGGGGCAGCACUAAGUUUCCGAAAUUAUAACUAUAAAAUCCGGGGUUCAACUCCCUGCGGUGAACAGAACGCAUAUAUAGUCCAUUGUGUUGCUUUUCGUUUAAAUAAAAAAAAUAAAUAAAAUACAAGCUUUUUUUUAAAAUAAGUUAAUUAUCGAAAUAACUGAAUGACAUUAAAAAGUUAAGAUUUCGGCUUAUAUCCUAAAGCUAAAACCAACUUCCGCAAUCUAAUGUUUAGAGUAAAGUUUGCCAUUUUUAGUUGCGAAUAAAUCUUCUUUAGGGAGAGGAAAGUUGAAAAUGAUUUGUUCAUAAAUCCCUUAGUUGAAAGGUAAACGUGGUUCAUGAUAUAUAAUAAUAUAGGUAACACUUGAUGUGUGCAUACUGGCUUUUAGCAUUAUAAGUCUUCAAGCUUAUUGCUGAACAUGCGUGAUAUAUUUGAUAUUUAUUUUUCAAAUUUGUUACCAGACCCUAAAAGAAUAUUCUGCUUAGAGGCAUUUUUCUUUUUGUUAUGGUAAUCUUGAAAGUGUUUUCUUAAAAACUGAGUAUAGGGGUUAAAUUUUAUAGGUGAUUUAUUUAUCUGUGGGAAUGCAAGGAAUAUUUUGUAUUUAUUUAUUUUUUUAAAUUUGUAACUAGGACAUCAACAAACAUUUCUGGUAUUGAUUAAAGACUUAGAUGACAUA